AUGGUCGCCUCCCAGAUGUUCCUCGGCACUGCCGCCACCCUCAUCGCCUCCUCGACUGCCUUCGUCGCACCCAUGGCUGUGCGAUCUGCUGCCACUACUCCUUCGUCCUCGAGCCUCAAGAUGAGUGCUGGAUCGGACUACGUCGCCACCCUGCCCGGAGCUCCCUUCUCUGACGGAAAGAUCUUCGACCCCCUGGGCCUAUCCGACGGCGCUGCCCCCGGCGACAUCAAGAAGUGGCGCGAGGCCGAGAUCAAGCACGGGCGUGUGGCCAUGCUUGCGUCCCUUGGUGUCAUCGUCGCAGAGCAAUACCACCCGUUCUUCAUGGGCCCCGACUACAUUGGCCCCGCCGUGGACCACUUCCAGGAGAUCAGCGCGCAGUUCCCUGAGUUCUGGGCGUUCUCCCUCCUGGGCAUGGCCUUCAUCGAGUACAACACCAUCAUGACCGCCUUCGACACCCCCAGCGCUGUCACCGGCGAGGGCGGCCUGAAGGAGGAUUACAUCCCGGGAGACCUCGGCUUCGACCCCCUCAACCUCAAGCCCGACGACGAGGCGGCUCUGGACGCGAUGAAGACCAAGGAGCUCAACAACGGCCGUUUGGCCAUGAUCGGCAUCGCCGGCAUGUUGGCGCAGGAGCUGGUGAACCCGGCCGACAUCCUCGGCUAAUUUGUUUGCUUUUCUAGACUUUCGUCGCUUGCAUUAUCUUGAUGUGAAGGAUCAAGUGUGCGUGUCUGAUGUAAAUGUGUUUUAUUGCGUCCCUCUGAUCCGAGAGGAUGGAAGAAUGUAUUUGGGAUGUGCUACUUGCUGUAUUGUUCGCCCUUGUCUCGCAAUCGCAAAUGGUGGUGUGAAGCGUGUUUAGUUGAUGCCUCCGUGUUCGGUUGUAACUUACUUCUGUAUUGUCAUGCUGAGUGUCCACGAUUGGACUUGUCUUCGAUUCCUUCGGCUUGUCUUCUGCCACCGCCAUCUAUAUCGGCGUACAGAGGAAUCUGUGUCGCUCUCGGGAUGUGUGAUGGCGAGAUAUGUGCUUGAAGUUGUUUAGCCGAGGCGGGUUCCGCUCAGGUUCACCCGCAAUUUUGACUGUUUUUUCUUAAGACGAGCUUCGCGGGGAUUGCUGUGUUGUACAAUCUCUUUUACGAUCAUAGUGUUCUGUCAAGAUUUGAUAGGCCGAGCAUGGGAAGUGAUGAAAAGGUUAGCAUGCGUUGUGUCGCAUUCGAAACUCCGGAAUCCCGUGUGUAUUUGCGAGUCUAAAAUGUUUGGUGAAAUGAGUGCAUGUAUGUAGCCAAAGCUGUCGUUGCAUACCGCUCUCGUAGUUUUGCCCUUGGUGUAUGGUUCGAGGGGCCCGUGCGGUACUCAGAUGUACAUGGCUAGUG